GUGUGCCCGUCGUAGAUGGCUGCCGACGCACCCGCCAGUCAACCCACCACAUGCAGUUGGCAUGCUAUGUUCGUGCUCCGAUCAAAAUGGACCAUAUCAUGGUCGCUCAUCGCCCAUCCUGCCUCAUCUCUCCCGCCCAUCUUUCCUCCUCGCCCAACUUGUUUCUUACCUGCCAUCGCCUACAUACUCUUGAUAGCGCUUAUCACAAUGUCUUCCUUGCAACAGGCAGAUGUCGCAUUCCUGGCCAGAUUGGCUCUGCGUGAAUCUGCAGUUGGCCUUGUCACCGAUUGCACGAAUUGUGGGGGUACAGUUCCAAUCACCAUAUGUCGGAGCGAUGCGAAUGGGAACUCGGGGAAGCCGAUGGCAAGGCAUCAAUCAUGUUCCUUCUUCCGCUGGUUCCCUCAAAUUCUAUCGCAUCCAGACAUCAUGGCCCUCCUCCCAUCAUCAAGUUGUUCCCCAAGUGUCACCAGUUCUCACCCGGCACCUUCUACCUUCACGAGCGGCACUAGUGCUGCUUCCGCAACUCAAUUCCCUUCAACACAACCUCUUGCCUCAACUGGCAAUGGCAAGGAGCCACGCAAGCGAGGCAUCAAAUGCAACGGUGCCUUUUGCCAACGAGCGAGCGCGCUGCGUUGCCCGCAUGUGAAGUGCCUCACCCAUUGUAUCGAGGAGGCAGGAGGAUGUCCAGUGCACCUCACUGAGACAGAUAACCAGCAGCAGCACCCUAUCGCGCAGCAGGAAGCACUUCAACGUGCACUCCAGUCUGUUGGCGCUGGACGGCCUGCUGUGUUCCCAUCAUUUCAUGAUAUUUUGAUAGCUCCUGCACCAUCGCAACCACCCGCAUCGACAACACAACUGCCCGCGCCAUCGCAACCACCCGCGCCAUCGCAACCACCCACACUAUUGCAACCACCUGCGCCAUCCCAGCAGUCUCAUCUGCCCCCUCUGUCGCAAAUCACCCAGCUGCCAAUGCACUCUCAGCAUGGUGAUGCCUUAGCUCCACACGCCUUCCCGGUUCAUAAGCUGUCAAAGCCUCCGCAUGUAACCGAUCAACUUGACCCAAUGUGGACAGGUGACCUCAAUGCGUGUGCGCGAGAGGAAAUUGAGAGCAAGAGGGUGUCAGAAUGUCGCAAGGAGAUGGAACGAGCUUCCAGGCAGCGCUUUGUCUUGUACUGGUUUGAUGCUGACAACACGCCAGUGUUGAUGCAGUGGGCUGUUCACUACCCAUACUUCCCACAAUAUCAGCUCUCAGAUGAUCCCGCCCUUGUCAACUCCCUUGGCAGCAAUAUUUCAAAAAUCGACGUCUUUGAGGAAAGCUUCAUGUGUUGGAUUCCGUCAACGCUCGCUCACCCCUUCACUCUUGACUCGGGUUGCCACAUCUUCAUACGACCUCAAGAAGACAAAGCGACAACAGACAUCCAUUGCCGCUUCAUCAUCGGACAUCGAGAUUCUGGACAACGAGGCGCAACUUACACCCAAGGUGUCCUUGGGAAAGCGCCGCUGGCCUCAAAGCUCUGGCCAAGAACAAGAGAUGCACAUUACUACACGAGUGCGACUGGCACGAGAUACCCACUCAAUGUCGCCGACACCAUCACUAUUCCCCAGUCAACCACCAGAGGAUGA